GGACAGGAAGAGUUGUUGUUGUCACGUGAUCAUCUCUAACUCCAGCAGUUGACAGUAAGGGCUAGAAGUGAUGAUGAAACCCGGAGAAAUCAACUCUGCUGACGUGUGGCUGUGCGGGUUAUAAGUCAAACUUCGGCUCGUUAGUCGGUGAUAAAUUCCUUCUCCGUGUUUCCCGGUUAGAGGCCGCUUUACUCGGGACGUCCAACUUUAGCGUUAGCAUUAGCAUUAGCCGAGGCGCGUCGGAGGAAGGAGGAAGAGCUAAACUCAGACUACCUGCCUAAGAGUAUUCUGGUCCCCCCCUGUGCUGCACGAACAGCCCCAUUUGUCAGGACUUGGACUCCACUGGAUCCCGGAAGGUGCGCUUUGGUAACUGGCACCAAGAUUUUGGCAGCACAUCCUUUAAGCCUGGUUUCAGAAUGCACAGCAGACAGAGGAGAUCUCAUCUGGGCUUGCUAUUGCUGGCCUCCCAGUUGUUCCAGGUGGGUCUGGACAACAUUCCCCCCAUCAGUCUGGCAGUCCUGGGUCUCAAUGUUUACCUUUUCCUCUUCCCAGCUGCCCCGCUCUUAAAGACUUGUGUGAGUGUCCAGCAGGCGUACUGGUUCAGGGACUGGAGCCGGCUGCUUCUAUCGCCAUUCCACCAUGUGGAUGACUGGCAUCUGUAUUUCAACAUGGUGUCCUUCCUAUGGAAGGGGAUCAAGCUGGAGCGUCGGCUGGGUGGAGCCUGGUUCCUCUAUCUGAUUUCGGUCUUUUCCGUGCUCACUGGGUUGGUCUAUUUAUUGGUGGAGGCAUUGCUAACAGAACUGAUGGAUGACCAGUCGUACAGCGUGGCCUGUGCUGUUGGCUUCUCAGGUGUCUUGUUUGCCCUGAAGGUGCUCAACAACCAUUACCACCCAGGAGGUGUGACCUAUGUGAUGGGUCUGCCUGUGUCUAACCGCUAUGCUAGCUGGGUGGAGCUUGUGCUGAUCCACUUAACUGCACCUGGGACGUCCUUUGUUGGUCACCUGGCAGGUAUCCUGGUUGGUCUGCUCUACACCUCUGGGCCGCUGAAGUCCAUCAUGAAGAGAUGUGCAGAUUUUGUCAAAUUGAACGGAUAUAGCUCACACCGUGACACGUACUACAGCUCCGCCGGCACUUCAGGUUAUCGUGGCAACAGUGAAGGAUACUCUGGGAACUUUCAUUAUGCACCAGAUUACAGCACUGAUCAUACAGCAUCUUAUACAGGUGGACUGACAGAGGAGCAGCAGUUGGAGGCAGCAAUUAGAAACAGUCUGAAUGACAGAGGACAAACCCGCGAGAGAGGAGGUCCUCCUCCUUAUGGCUUCAGCCUCUCUCAGGAGGGUAAUGCUGAGGACAUCAGGUGGAGGAGGCUGAGGAGGUUUGACAGCUGAACUUUCAAGCAGCAGCAGAGAAGAAGAAGGUUCUGGUGGCAGGAUACCAGACGGUGAAACAGGGCCGAGGAAGACUGCCCUGAAUAACAUCAGCUUUUCACCAUGAAGAGAGCUCCACCACUGUGUUUUUAUGUCAACAUGCUUCUGACUAAGCAUUAAUGAUGAGUCAAUGAAAGCCAAAGAGAAACUGUCCAUGAGCAGAUUCUGCUUGUGUGUACAUUAUAAAUAGCCAAGAAAUGUACAGCUUCUGAAUCUGGACUUCAGGAGAAAGCUGGGAGGCUGGUGUUGUAAAUGCUAUUUAUAUCCUUUUGUUACAUUUGAACUCUUUCUUAUAAUACAGCAAACAUGUUUCAGUUUUAUAUCAGUCUGUUCAACAAUUAGCUGAUUAUUAUCACCUAAAUGUUACACUGAAAGGAUGCAAAUGAAGAGUUUUCCUCAGGACUGUUGAUGGAAAAAAAAAUCACAGUUAAAAAUAAUAUUACUAAAGCUAACUCAAGUAUUGGACAAGGCUUGUAAUUUGAACAGGCUUUUGCCUUAUAAUAUAACUCAUUAAAAAACAGAUUUUGUUGCAAAUAAAGCCAAGUGUUCUUUGUUAAGUCUUAACAAUCAUUUAUUUCCAGCAGACUGAGUAAAGCUCUCCAGCUCCUGCAGGAGGCUGCAGCUCUCCUCUUGCCUCUUCGUGAGUUCUUGAAUGAUUUGUGUUUAGUUUUCAAAGGAGCUUCCAUACUUUUAUUUUUGGAGUCAGCUGUCUGGAUUUACUGCCUCACUUUGUUGGUAUCCCUGGUGAAUAUGUGUAAAAGGCCUUAAAAUAAAUGUUUCUAAUUUUGCAGUA